AUGCAGAAACGAAAUUCUUAUUUGGAAAAAUAUAAAAGUAUGAAAAAAAGUAAGAAAGAAAGCAGAGAGACUUAUCUGAAACCCUCCAACGCAACAAACCACGAAGACAUUGACGACGAUGAUGAAGACGAAGACGACGAUGAGGACGAAGACGACGAUGAUGACGAUGACGCAAGUGCAAGUGCAACAAGUGGAAACAGCAUAGGCCCGUGUGACAAGGAAAUGCACACAUCAACAUUUGCACAUCCGUACAUUUGCACACCACAUCUCUUCAACACGCACUUCACACGAAUCACAGGAUGCAAACACGAAACGAACGCAAACAUUACAUCACUUCCAUGA